CCCACACACCCGAUACGACGAUGCUCCACUGAAACAUUGGCGGCUCCGCGAGGUUUCAUCAUAACUCCGACAACCCCGGUGAAGCUUCAUUGAAGCACCAGCAGCUCCAUUGCAGCGUCGAGGAGGGCUCCAUCCCAGCACAUGACGCAAGAGAUAAGAGAUGCUUCGCAACACGCGGCGGCCAUGACAGAAGUUGCAACGUGUGUGGGGAUGGUGCGAUGCGGCGAUGGCAAUGGCCAGGGCCGAAGCUGCUAUGCAGCGCCGGCGACGAGGGCGGUUGCUACCAUGCAGCGCCGGCGGCGACGGGUGCUGCGACGCAACACUCGACGCCCCCAAGGCAGGAGUUGUGAUGCAGCACGGCGUCGAGGACUCGAGCUACAACGAAGCAUGCGAGGCAGCGAGGGAGUGGGGGUCCACGCGACGGCCUUGACUGAAGCUGCGAUGCAACGCAGGAUGUGCGGCAAUGCGCUCCGAUGGUGCCUCAAUGCAGCCACGGCGGCGCUCUAUUGCAGCCCCCGGCGUGGGAUGAAUCAAGACGGCAGCGGUGGUCGUCUCCUCUCCACUGCGGGGUUGUGGUGCUUGCCUCUGCUCUGCUGCAUGAUGAAAUAGAAAUGGAAAAAAAGGAGAAGAAACGAGUGGAGGAUGGGCUCUCCAGAGAAGAUAAGGUGGAGGGGCCAACAGGUGGGCGGAGCUAGAGGGACACGUGGUGGCCGAAGAAAGCGGUUUAGGGGAGUGAAAAAUCAUCCGGAUGAAAUAAACAUUUCUUUAAAAACAAUGU